GACUGCACCAGCAACCUGCGAGGGAGUGACGCUCAGUUAUUUGGAGGAGGGAAACUUCUAGACCACUGGGCUGAGUAUUAUGAGUCCAACCAGGAAGCGUUUCUUUUCGUUAAUUUACACCUUACGUUGACCCUACUUUCCCCCGCCCAGUCCCGCCGUCUUUCGUGCGCCUGGAACUAUCUCCUGAGUGCUGCAAGUUGUAGAGGGCACCGCUGAGCAUUUCCCUUUGGGGCAGUUCUUAUCUAGAAGCUGACUUCAGUUGCUUCAAAACUGAGCUGCUUCUGCCCCUUACCCUGUUCUGAGUAAGAAAGCAGCCGCACAACAUCAGCAAACCCCGAUGAGCGAGCGCCGCGGAGCUGCUUAGAGUCUCCCAGGACACAGCUCCGGAGAAGCAGCAAGCAUGUACCCUGGGUUGUGGCUGCUCCUGGUUUCCUUGUGCCUGACGGAGGAACUGGCAGAAGCGGGAGAGGAGUCUCAUGGAAAGCCAUGUGGGGGCCAGGACUGCAGUCAAGGCUGUAAAUGCUCUCCUGAAAAGGGAGCUAGAGGGAGACCUGGACCAAUUGGAAUUCAAGGUCCCACUGGUCCUGAAGGACCUGUUGGAACUACUGGCUUAUCAGGGCUGAAAGGACGAAAUGGUUUCCCAGGUCCUCUGGGUCCAUAUGGACCGAAAGGAGACAAGGGCCCCAUGGGAGUUCCCGGCUUUCUUGGCAUCAAUGGCAUUCCGGGCUACCCUGGACAGCCAGGUCCCAGAGGUCUACCUGGCCUGGAUGGUCAUAAUGGAACUAAAGGAGCUGUUGGAUUUCCAGGCCAUGAUGGCUAUCCUGGGAUUCUUGGACCACCUGGCCUCCCUGGUCUGAAAGGUUCAAAAGGUGAACCCAUUCUUUCUCAACACAGUUUUACAGGAAUGAAGGGGAAUCCUGGGUUGCCUGGACUAGAUGGAAUCAUGGGACCACAGGGACUACCUGGAACUCCUGGAGACACAGGGCCUAUAGGAUCACCAGGACUGCAAGGUCCUCCAGGCCUCCCUGGUAACCCCGGUCCUGAUGGCAAUAUGGGGUUAGGUUUCCAUGGAGAGAAAGGAGUCAAGGGGGAUGUUGGCCUCCCUGGCCCCGCAGGACCACCACCAUCUACUGGGGAACUAGAAUUCAUGGGAGUUCCCAAAGGGCAGAAGGGAUCCAAGGGUGAACAAGGACCUCCAGGUCUCCCAGGAGUGACUGGCCCUUCAGGCUUCCAAGAAUUGGGAUCUACUGGAGGAAAAGGAGAAAAAGGAAUCCUUGGUUUGCCAGGACCUAGGGGUUCUGUGGGUUCAGAGGGAGUGCCAGGUCCUCCAGGGACAAAGGGCAAGAAGGGGUCUCCAGGUACUCCUGGGUUUAAUGGAUUCCCAGGAAUUAAGGGCGAAAAAGGUGGCGUUGGCCUGCCAGGCCCAGAUGUCUUCACUAGUGCAGAUGGGGCUGUGAUCCCAGGUUAUCCUGGAGACCCCGGUGUUCCAGGACACCCAGGUUUGAAAGGAGAUGAAGGCAUCCAGGGCCAACGUGGCCCUUCUGGCAUCCCUGGCCUUCCAGCCUUACCAGGUGUGCCAGGUGCCAUAGGGCCUCAGGGACUUCCGGGUCUAAAGGGAGACCAAGGAAACCCAGGCCAUACCAUGAUUGGAGGAGCUGGCCUUCCUGGCAGAAUUGGUUUGCCAGGCCUACCAGGUCUACCAGGCCCACCUGGUCCACCAUCUAAGAUUGGAACUCUGCAUGGCACAGGGCCAGGAUUCCCUGGUCUCCGAGGAAAACAAGGUGUAAAAGGAAAUCGAGGCCACAAAGGAGUAAAAGGGGACUUGGGUUUUUGUGCUUGUGAUGGUGGUGUCCUGAACACUGGACCACGCGGGGAACCAGGCCUGCCUGGGCCACAAGGUCUCAUGGGUUUUCCAGGCCUUAAAGGAACCAGAGGAGAUCCAGGCUCUGAGGGUGCACAAGGCCCAGCAGGGACUCCAGGUUCAAUUGGACCUCACGGCUUUCCAGGUGUCAAAGGAAAGAAGGGUGAACCAACUCUCAGUACAGGAUCAGGGAUGCCGGGGGAGAAGGGUGAUCCUGGCCCCCAGGGUUUCCCAGGUAUAAAAGGAGCUCCAGGCAAGGAUGGAGUACCAGGUUUACCAGGUCUGCCAGGUCUUCAAGGUGAUGGUGGACAGGGAUUCCCAGGAGAAAAGGGACUACCAGGAAUUCCUGGUGGAAAAGGCCAUCCUGGUCGAACCGGUCCCCGAGGAAUUGGGCUGCCAGGAGUUCCUGGACCUCUCGGGCCCCCAGGAGAGAAAGGAAUAGAUGGGUUACCGGGGCAACAAGGCCUCCGUGGACCUCCAGGAAUCACCUUGCCUUGUAUUAUUCCUGGGUCAUAUGGUCUGUCAGGAUUACCAGGAGUUCCCGGAUUAAGAGGCCCUAAAGGAUUCCGUGGCCUCCCUGGGACUCCAGGCCAGCCUGGAUCUCGUGGAAACAAAGGAGAGCCUGGAAGUCCAGGAUUACUACAUCUCCCUGAACUGCCAGGAUUUUCUGGACCACGUGGGGAGAAAGGCUUUCCUGGAUUUCUGGGGCGUCCUGGAAAAGACGGCUUGCCUGGAAAGGCUGGCAGCCCAGGUUUACCAGGAUCCAAGGGAGCCCCUGGUGACAUAUUUGCCGCUGAAAGUGGUGCUUCGGGGGCUCAAGGCCAACAGGGAGUGCCAGGGGACAGAGGAUUUCCUGGAGACUCUGGCCCUCCAGGACCCAUGGGUUCACAUGGGCAGCCUGGCUUGCUAGGUCCCAAGGGUGACCAGGGCAGCCCUGGAACACCAGGACAAGUGGGACAGCCAGGCCCCCCUGGGUCUAGUGGUCUUCAUGGCAUCAAAGGCAAAUCCGGGCUCCCAGGACCACCAGGUCUUCCAGGCAUUUCAGGAUAUCCUGGAAAAAAAGGUCCAAAAGGCGAGAAAGGGCUCCCUGGAUCAACUAGCAAAAGAGGUCUACCUGGGAUGAAAGGCCUUCCAGGACCCCCUGGGCUAACUGGCUUCCUGGGGAGUCCAGGCCUGCCGGGGGUUACUGGGCUGCCAGGCCUCCCAGGUCCAAAGGGUGAGAAGGGGUCCAUUGGACUACUAGGUUUUCCAGGACUACAAGGUCUCCCUGGUUUUCCUGGUGCAAGUGGAUUAAAGGGAAUUCCUGGGUUAGUUGGAAAAGUGGGAACAUCUGGACGGGCUGGAAGUGCUGGUGAAAAGGGAGACAGAGGUGAUCGAGGCCCAGUUGGAGUACCCGGUCCCAGACCUCCGAUGCUGAGUCUGUGGUUCAAAGGCGACCAAGGCUCUCAGGGAUCAGCUGGAUCAGAUGGAUUUCCUGGGCCCAGAGGUGACAAAGGAGAGGCUGGCCGCCCAGGGUCACCAGGCCUGCCUGGAGCUCCUGGCUUCCCCAGCACCAUCAAAGGGCUUAGCGGGAUGCCAGGUGCCCCUGGCUCCACGGGGCUGCAGGGCUUACCUGGCCUGAAGGGUUCCUCAGGAAUCCCAGGUUUUCCAGGAAUGCCAGGAGAAAGUGGUUCACAGGGUCUCACUGGAGCUCCUGGACUCCUGGGAGCAUCUGGUCUCCCAGGAUCAAAAGGAGAUAAGGGCCAGAUGCUUGAAAUUUCCGGUAGCCCAGGACCCAAGGGACAACCUGGUGACCCAGGUAUUAAAGGUGUGAAAGGAAAAGAUGGACUAGUUGGUGACGUUGGUUUCCCAGGAAACAAAGGUGAAGGUGGAAAAGUUGGUAUUUCUGGAGAUGUUGGCCUUCCUGGCUCCCCAGGACGUCCGGGAAUUGCAGGUAUCAGAGGAGACCCAGGAUUUCCAGGUUCCUCUGGUCAUUCAGGGACCCAUGGGCCCCUGGGCCCCUCUGGAUUAAUUGGACCCAAAGGAUUCUCUGGACUUCCUGGCUUACAUGGACUGAAUGGGCUUCCAGGAACCAAGGGUGCCCAUGGCACCCCAGGAGCCAGUGUCACAGGUGUACCCGGGCCUGCAGGCCUUCCUGGUCCCAAAGGGGAAAAGGGAACACCAGGAACUGUCAUUGGAGCCCCAGGGAAGCCAGGCCCAAGAGGACAAAAAGGUGGCAGAGGUUUCCCAGGUCUCCAAGGUCCUGCUGGCCCCCCCGGUGCCCAAGGCAUCUCCUUGCCCUCAAUCAUAGCAGGACGGCCUGGUCAGCCUGGGCGAGCAGGCCUAGAUGGAGAACGAGGCCGCCCAGGCAACCAAGGGUCCCCAGGUCCCCCUGGGCCAUCCUCAGAUCAAGGCGACCCUGGAGACCCUGGAUUCCCUGGAAUUCCUGGCCUUCAAGGGCCCAAGGGAGACCAAGGAAUUCCAGGUUUCUCUGGCCUCUCUGGAGAACUAGGACUGAAAGGCAUGAAAGGUGAGGCUGGCUUCAUGGGGACUCCAGGGAAGGUUGGGCCACCUGGAGAUCCAGGAUUACCCGGGAUGAAGGGGAAAGCAGGGCCACGAGGCUCUCCGGGCCUUCAAGGGGCUCCUGGGAAAAUACCAGUUGUGGAAGCUAUCUACGUUCCUCCUGGCCCCUUGGGUCUACCAGGCAUCAAUGGCAUUCCAGGUCUUGCAGGGGACCCUGGGCCCCAAGGUCCUGUUGGCCCACGAGGUGCCAAAGGUUUACCUGGGAUCCCUGGCAAGGAUGGCCUCAAUGGGCUUCCAGGCCCGCCUGGGGCUCUUGGCGAUCCUGGUCUCCCUGGACUGCAAGGUCCCCCAGGAUAUGAAGGAGCUCCAGGGAAGCCAGGCCCCUCUGGGAGCCCUGGGAGGCCUGGGCACAGCGUGAGAGUGGGCUACACGUUGGUGAAGCACAGCCAGUCGGAACAGGUGCCUGUGUGCCCCGUCGGGAUGAACCACCUGUGGGUAGGUUACAGCCUGCUGUUCGUGGAAGGCCAGGAGAAAGCACACAACCAAGAUCUGGGGUUUGCUGGUUCCUGUCUGCCCCGCUUCAGCACCAUGCCUUUCAUUUACUGCAACAUCAAUGAAGUGUGCCACUAUGCCCGACGCAAUGAUAAGUCCUACUGGCUUUCCACUACUGCCCCCAUUCCCAUGAUGCCAGUCAGCCAGGCCCAGAUUCCCCAGUACAUCAGCCGCUGCUCUGUGUGUGAGGCGCCAUCGCAAGCCAUUGCUGUGCACAGCCAGGACAUCACCGUCCCACAGUGCCCUCUGGGCUGGCGAAGCCUCUGGAUCGGGUACUCCUUCCUCAUGCACACUGCCACUGGGGCCGAGGGUGGAGGCCAGUCCUUGGUUUCCCCAGGCUCCUGCCUUGAGGAUUUUCGGGCCACUCCUUUCAUUGAGUGCAGUGGUGCCCGAGGCACCUGCCACUACUUCGCCAACAAGUACAGUUUCUGGCUGACGACAGUGGAGGAGAGGCAACAGUUCAGGGAAGAACCUGUGUCAGAAACGCUGAAAGCUGGGCAGCUCCACACCCGGGUUAGCCGCUGCCAGGUGUGUAUGAAAAACCUGUAGGGUGGCACCUACCACUCUGCCCCUUGCCUGCCCCACCCCUCACAAGGGUCACCUCGCUUGCCUCAACGAUCAGAAGAAAGCAGGCCUGGGCCCUUCUGCCUAUCUAUCGAGUUACACAUUGGAGUUGCAUUUGGGCUGGACUGCUGGACACUGGUCACUUCGACCCUCGAACCAUUAGAUGAUCCCACCCUGUGAAGUCUGCUGUCCCUGUGUCACCAACCUAGCGCUACUGUUCUAUUUGGGUGUUUUGCAUGUCGGUUCAUGGCUACCUCAGAAAGAUUUGCUGGACCACCACUUUCUUAAGGCUGCUAGGUGCCUCCCUGUCUUGAUCAGAAAUCUCUUCAUGAGACCUAGGACUAUUAAGUCACUUCGUUAUGUCCAGAACAUACCACACAUUAUUUGGCUUAAGCCAGAACCCAGUGUUUCUAUAUUUUUAAAAAAAUUACCUGUUUGAACAUUCACACAUGGCUCAAGUGUGCAAAGGGCAAGCCCUCACUAUUCCAAGAGGCCCACUGUGUCUAGGCGGGCAACAGAACGGGAAGGAAGUGCCAGCCAGGGGCUCACGGUGAGCCAUGACUCCUUCCAAAGUGCACAAGACUGGCUCCCUCACUGCUUAGGAAGGCUUGAUGGCCAGCAGCCCCUUAACUUCACAUGUUCCUAGACAAAUCACUUCCUCCCUACUGGCUCAUUCUUCCUAGCCAGAGGACUUUGCUUGGAUCAAAGGAGAACAGAGGAUGCAGUAAAUGUGGCCAAGUCCAUAAAAGGAAAUAGGGACCACAUCCCUUUUUUUGUGGGCCAGGCUUACAGGAGUAGAUGGGUAAGGAGGUGGACAUUUUGGUUUUGGCUCAAGGAAUAAAAAGAUAAAUCGCAUUUACGUUUGCUCAAUUCCUCAGAAGUCUCUGUUUAUCCUAAAUACCAUGCAGAUGUAUUCCAUGUGAUAAAGCGACGUGUGGUGUGUUAGUUCUUUUCAUUCUGAGGCUGAGGUUUUCCAUUAAAAUGGUCAUCCAACUACUCUUUCACAGGUAGCCUUUUAAACUAUUUUAAUGUUUUUAAAAACUCAUAAAAUUUAGCACAUUCCUCUCAUCAACAAUUAGUAGACCAAAAGCAAGCCUGAGUUGGUUAUAAAGUAUAUUAUGUUUGGGGGAUUUGCUUCAGCCAUUUUCUUUAAUCACCAGUUUCGGAGAACACUUUUAACUAUGUUGACAUGAGGCCAUUCCUUCCAGGUGAUUCUGUUUCUUUAAGUAUUAUGUAAACUGUGCCAACGCAAACGAAGCAUAAUCGGUAUAAUCUGUACUACUGUAUCCUUCACCUUCUGAGUAAUAAACAUGGUGUCAGCUUUGUACAUAGCAAAUAAAAUGAAUAAAAUCUGAA